ACCGGCAGUCAGGUCAGUGAACUCACAGCGGCACGUCGGAGAUUUUAUUCUCAUUGUUUGUGACGGAGUUGAAACCAAAUGAAAUGUAACUAAAAUAAAUCGAACAUCAGCCUAAUACAUGUGGGAAAACUAAUAUAUCAAACUUGAAUACAUCUGGAAACGUAUCCAUAUAAAAGAAUUAUAUUUUCCGACAGCACGACGUGUCCGCUUGUUUCAAUUCCGUCACAUACUCAUUCAGUAACUUAGCCACAGUCAAUUAGUGGUUUAGUCAGUUAGUCACCUUACAUCGCUAGAAGUAUGUACCAGUAGUAUUAGUAGCAACUCUGCCAUGGUUCACUCAUAGAGUGUGCUGUUCAUUUUGGAGAAAACCACUACCUGUGUUCACAACAUCCAGGAUUUUCCGAUAAGACUUACCCAUCACAGCAGCCAACUAGCUUUGUUGUGCCAAAAGGAUUUUUCCUAAGGACUUUCAUUUUUUUUUAACCAUCGGCUGUUGUACAAGAUAAGUUCUUAUUUACUUUAAUUAUUUACUUUGGGUAAUCUAGAUUUGUUACUGUGUAAACCUACUGUAUGCAUACAAGUAGGUGAACUAAGUGGUACAUAUUUUCGUGAUAGAUAGGUUUUAGGUCGUUGUUUUUCUUUCUUUUGUUCUAUAUAAUUAGUAAUUUGCUUAAAUAAAUAAAAUCAGGUCUUCCUUUUAAUAAUAACUAUAAAUCAUUGUAUCUUAAAAUUUAAUAGGGAAUCGGGGGUAAAAUUUUGUCGAGGUUUUAAAAUAGGGAAUAUGUCUUGUAGGUUUUUACAUUGUAUAUAGAGUCACUGACCCACUCAUUAUAUAAUUACUUAUUAGUGUUUUUGCUAGGUGAGAUCUUUAUUACUAUUCUGACGGACUUUUGAUUUGGAUUUUGAUUUUAAUACCUUUGCUUGGUCAGUGAUAGUGGAUAAUUGCUUGUUAAUUGGCCUUUGCGGUCCUAUUUGAUCUUUUCCCCAUCCACUAUCACUGUUAUUACGUUGCGUUAUAUGUAAAUUGUUAAUAUUUAACAUUUAUUAUUAAUAUAUUUGUAUGUAUUAAGGGUGGUGUUUUAUUUCAGUCUGUAUUACCUGUAUAUAACAUAGCAAUACAAGAUCAGUAUUUAGUAUUUUUGUAUUUCAGGUGAUUGUAUCUCGUGUCAUUUAUUUCUUGUCGUUCGUUACUUCAAAAAAAAUCUCAACCUCUUGUUGAGUUGGCGCCCUUCUUCUUCUCUAUUUAUCGUCCUUUUUAUAUCACUUUAUUUCUAUCUUCUUACCCAGUUGUAUUAAGUUUUUGUGUUAACAGGUCUCAUUUUCUUUCUAGUUACUAUCAUUUCAUUACCAAAUUUUCUUCUCAUAUCUCCAAAGCCAAUAUUCGGUGUAUUGAAGCUAGCCCGAAUACUCACUUGAGAUUUAGUGUCUCUCUGCCCUCUUAUUUUUUUUCCUGAGCUAAGCCCCUCUUCUUUUCGUCUUAAACCUCUUCUCAUUUAUUUUUCCCCAUCUUUUGUCAGUUCUUCUCUUCAAAAAUCUCUAUACCCAGAGUAUAGAGGUUUCAAUUGGCAAGACCCAACGUGUGGCUUCUUUUACAUUUUUGGCUUUAAAAAUAUUUUCUUUAACUUUUGGUUUUUAUCUUGGUGAUUUCAGUGAUUGGGUUUGGUAGAUUUUCACUUUGACGUUGAGUUUUGUACUUCAACUUGUUUUUUUUUGGGACGUUACCUUAUAUCUAUAUCUUGUAGAAACUUGUUUUGCUAUAGUAUACUGUGUUGAUUGAAUAAAUUGCUUUGUUUUGAUUGGUUAAAGAACUAUUUUGGUAUUAAUAAUAAAUUAAAGUAAAAUUAGAAAUUUAAAUAUCUUGAAUUUAACAAUUUCACCGAUUUUUACAAGUCCGGAGUAGCAUUAAUAGGGAAUCACUACCUCGAAUUAAAAGUAUUAUUCAAUUUUAGGUUUAUCGGGAGUGUAGCAGUACAUUUCAUCGGAUUUCACGACUGGACCAAACAAAUAAGCAUUGCUGGUAUAGGUAUCGACUCAGAACAUUAACUUGAGGACAGAGAGUAAGUUAAACUUUGCCUACUUACAUUUUAUCUCAUUCUCGUGUUUACUUCCCAGUGGUGUAUAAUGGCAUCUUUUAAGGCAGAACAUCUGUUAACCCCUGAAUUGGAUUACGAGUUGAAAAUUCGUCAGUUAGCUGAUCCAUCGUUAACUACUGAUAGGGCUAAAGUGAUCGUUUUGACAGGUGCGUUGAAGCAAGCUUCAGCAAAUCGGAGUCAUGCUGUUCUGUCAGCUUUCCAACUAAAUUUUAGUGAUGAGGUCCAUGAAAUAGAAGCUACCCUUGCAGAUUUGAAGACCCAAAUUAGCUCUUUUGUUGGCUCCCAUAGUGAUGUUUUAUAUGGUCGCUUGACUUCCCGUUUAGGUCAUGUUUCAGGUAGGGUUCAUUUGUUAGAGUCAGUAACCGAGGAAGAGGAUACCAUCAAGAAGUCUCUUAACUUCAAGAUACUUAAUCUGGAAGGAGAACUUGAGUUUAAAGUAACUCCACAGGCUCACUCCACUCCUCGUAACCCUAGUGUUUCGGUUAAUUCAUUUCCUUUCUUUAAGUCAGCUCCAAUUCAUAAAUGGGGUGUACAUUUUUCUGGUGGUUCGAAUGAAAAUGUUGUUAGUUUCUUAGAGAAAAUAGAAUGUCUGCGUCUAGCGCGUGGGAACAGUGAAGAUGAGUGCUUUUCAUCAGCAGGUGAUCUUUUUAAGGAUUCAGCCUUUACUUGGUACCUCAAUAAUCGAGGUAGUUUUACUUCAUGGCAACUAUUAGUUGCCAAACUUAAGUCUGAUUUUCUUCCUUACAACUAUGAAGACAACUUAUUAGACGAAAUUAAAUCCCGGAAACAAGCUCCCCAGGAGAAAGUCACCAUCUUUAUUAAUGAAGUUGUCAGUUUGUGUAAACGUUUGGAAGUCCCUUUUUCUGAAUCCCAUAUAGUGAGAAUCAUUAAGAAAAAUUUGAUGCCGUCUUAUCAUCCGAGUCUGGCACUCACUGACAUUCUCUCGAUUGCUGACCUUACAGAAAAAUGUAAGAGGUUAGAAGAAGUUUUGUCAUGGUCUUCUGAACCUAUAUCUAGUGUCCCUAGUCGGUCAAACGUUAGAAAUAACGAAUCUUCCUAUUCUGGUAGGCCAAAUUAUUCCCGGUCUGGUAAUGUCUCUACUUUUAACUCCAGAAUUACCUGUUGGAAUUGUCGUCAGCCAGGACAUGGGUAUUUUGACUGUUCUGAACCGAGAGGGUUGUUUUGCUAUGGGUGUGGACGUCAAGGAGUCCGUAAGUUUGAGUGCGAAUUCUGUUCGGGAAACGACAGAAGGGGUGGAUCGUCUCCCCUGGCUCCCAGUCCUCAUCAAAAUACAGGGAAUACUCUAGAAAAUCCUCAAGACCCAGGAACCAGUUUCUCGAGUCAGGAGGCCCAUGCCUCAACCACCCAAACAUCCCAACCUCCACCGAAAGACAAAAGACCACGGAACGGCAGAUACCAACCGAAAAGAGGACGUUAGUCGACCAUGUCCUUUGUGAUUCUUCUGUAGUUUCUCCAAGUAAUCCCUUAUCUUCCCUUAUUGAUGUUGACAUUAAUUCAUUGUUAGUUCGUAAAAACAAGGAUAAUCGUCGUUGAAAUAUUUAUCUUAGGACAUUCUUGUUUAGCUUUACUGGACACAGGGUCCAAUAUCUCUAUUUUAGGUUCUCUAGGUCUGGAAUUUCUCCUGAAUUCUAAUGUUAAGAUAGGAAUGGAUGAGAGUUUGCAAGUGACUACAGCUGAUGGUCAAGUCCAACCAAUUUUAGGUCAGUUUACAACUGAGAUUUCUGUUAGUUCAUGUAAAAGGAUGAUUACAUUUUUUGUUAUACCUUCUUUUUGGAAUUCAGUUAUGCUAGGGAUGGAUUUUCUGAAAACUUUUAAUAGUGAAUUGAAUUUUACUGAAUUUUCUUUAUCUGUCUCUUCUUUUAAUAUCUCUUGUGUUGAUGCAGUUAAAGAUAUGAGUAGACUUAAUGCUCAGGAGUUAGAGCAGUUGAAUAAUGUCAUCAAAUCCUUUUCUUCUAUCUCUUCGAAGAAUCAGUUAGGUAGAACUCAUCUCAUCGAACAUCACAUUGAUGUGGGUUUGUCUAAGCCCUUCAGACAAUACCAGUAUCCAUUGCCUCAAGCCUGGCAUGAAAGCUUAGUUAAGGAGGUGGAUGAAAUGCUUAAGCUUGGUAUUAUCGAGCAGAGCUCGUCUAGCUUUUGUAGUCCCUUGUGGAUGACGAAGAAGAAGGAUGGGACUUUUCGUGUCUGUUUCGACGGACGUAAACUUAACAGCAUUACGAUGAAUAGGGAUGCCUAUCCUAUACCUCGUAUAGAUAUCAUCCUCACUAAGCUACAAAAUGCUAAAUACAUUUCAUCCAUCGACUUAAAGAAGGCAUUUCUACAGAUCCCAUUAAGCGAAGAGAGUAAGAAACUUACGGCUUUUGCAGUAAGUGGCAAAGGAUUGUACCAGUUUACUACAAUGCCUUUUGGUCUGGUGUCUGCUCCCCAGACUAUGUGUAGAUUAAUGUAUUUGGUAAUAGGUCCUGCUUUAGACCCCUAUUGUCAAUAUUAUCUUGAUGAUAUUCUAGUCAUUACUCCUGAUUUCGACACUCAUAUCUCUGUAUUGCAACAGUUGUUUCAGCGUCUUAAAGAUGCAAAUUUGACUAUUAACUUAGAUAAAAGCAGCUUUUGUCGUGAUUCUAUUAAGUUUUUAGGAUAUGUUGUAGAUUCUCAUGGCUUACAUACUGACCCUGACAAGGUGUCAGCUAUUCGUGAUUUUCCUGUGCCUAAAAAUACCACCCAGGUCCGUCGAUUGUUAGGAAUGGUGGGCUAUUAUAAAAAGUUUGUUAAGUCUCAUUCUACCUUGUUGUCCCCUAUCACUGAUUUGAUUCAAAAUAGGAAAAAGGGACAAAACAUUGUGUGGACUCCUGAAGCUAAUGAAGCUUUCAUUAAAAUCAAGAAGACUCUCACCAACUCCCCAGUUAUGGUAGCCCCAGAUUUCACUAAGCCUUUCUAUUUGAUGACUGAUUGUUCAAACACAGCAUCUGGUGGUGUGCUCUAUCAAUUGUCGAUGGAGAGGAACACCCUAUAGCCUAUACAAGCAGGAAAUUAAACAAAGCCCAGAAAAAUUAUACUACAACUGAAAAAGAGUUGUUAGCUAUAAUUACUGGUAUUGAGCAUUUCGGAUAUUUUCUUGAAGGUCGUUCGUUUACGGUCAUAACUGACCAUAGUAGUUUGGUGUGGUUACAGAGUAUGAAGAACCCAUCUCCUCGUUUGGCUAAGUGGAUUUUAAAAUUGGCACAAUAUGAUUAUGAUUAUAAAAUUGUUCAUCGUAAAGCUGCAGGUGUAGUAGUCGCUGAUGCACUCUCUAGAACUUUUGAUAUUAAUUUGUUAGAUUUAUCUACUUUACAACCAGAUGAUUGGUAUCGAAAAAUGUUGUAUGAUGUACAUAAUGUAUCUGGUAAAUUUCCUGAUUUUAAAGUUGAGCAUGGUGUUUUAUAUAAACAUGUUUUAAGUUCUAUGGAUGCCCUUACGGGAAUGUCUGAAUGGAAGAUAGUCGUUCCAACAGCAAAUAGAGCAGAGUUUUUGGCCACUUUUCACGACCAUCCUACUGCAGCUCAUUUUGGCUUCUACAAAACUUUCUGUCGUAUAUCUGAACUGUAUUACUGGCCGAAGAUGCGUCAGACUAUUCGUAGUUAUCUCGCUCGAUGCAAAAUUUGUGCUACGUGCAAGUCGACAAAUCUUCCCCAACCAGGUUUAAUGGGUAAUUAUCGACGGAUUGAUUUUCCAUUCCAACUUAUAUCUUUAGAUCUUAUUGGUCCUUAUCCUAGGUCAUAUAAAGGUGCUCAAUAUGCCUUAGUAGUUGUUGAUUACUUUACAAAAUUUCCUUUGGUUCAUACGAUGUCUAAAGCAACUACUUCAGCCAUUAUCAAGUUCAUCUAGAGAAUGAAGUUUUCCUAAUUUAUGGUGUUCCACAGAUCAUGUCAUGCGACAAUGGACCCCAGUUUACAGCUAACGCUUUUCGCGAUCUCAUGUCUAAAUAUAAAGUACAAAAGAUCUGGUACAAUGCGAACUAUCAUCCUCAAAUUAAUCACACUGAAAGAGUAAACAAAUCAAUCGUGACUGCUUUAAGAUCGUAUUCUUUUCCUGAUCAGAGAGCUUGGGAUACUCAUAUCCACUCUAUAGUACAAGCUAUCAGGACCUCUUCUCACGAAAUAACCAAAUGUCCUCCAUCGUACUUAAUAUUUGGUCGUCAUGAUCCUCUUUCUGGUGAUUAUUUUGGUAAAAUCUCAGAAAAUGCCACUAAUUUUCCUGCAAUAUCAGAUAAGUUACACCAUUUAGAAGAUAUUCAACAUCUUCCUGACAUAUAUGUGGAUGUUCGCAAACGCUUGAAAGCAUCUUAUGACAGAAAUAAGAGCCGUUAUGACCUGAGAAAGCGAGCCUUAUCUUUCAGAGUUGGAGAUUCCGUUUUAAAGAAAAAUUUUGUUAAAUCUGAUAAAGUAAAUUUCCAAUCUGCCAAGCUGUGUCAAAAAUACAUACCUUGCACCGUUAUUAGGGUUAUUUCUCCUUUGAUCUAUGAGUUGAAGGAAACCUCCACUGGCAGGAAACUAGGAAGGUUUCAUGUCAAAGAUUUACUUGAGGAUAAGACUGUAGGUCCACAUAACUUGUCUGAUAAUUCAGAUGGUUCAUCUUCAGAUGAAGAUUAAAUCGUGAGGGACCAGUUUGUUAUUUAAGAUCUGCUUAUUUAUUUUGUUUACCUGGUUAACAUCUGCUUUUGUGCCUUUUAUCUUAUUUUAUCCUAUCUUAAUGUUGGUUAAUAUCUUAGUUUAUGGACUUGUUCAUUUUGCUGUUAGUUGUGUCUUGAAAGCCCAAACUGCCUAUCAUAGGAGUACAAGAUGUACAUUUCAAAUAUUUUCUUUGAUUUAUGGUUUUGUAUAGGUUCGAACCAAAGCCAUAAAGCUUAGGCAUUCACUUAACUGUGUCGGUGUUUUAGCGUGGGUUCAGGAUUGAUCACCCUGGACUUGUGGCCUUCACUUGGCUCAGGAAUAUACCAAUACCUAUCAGUUUUCCUAGAGUGUCUCUUAGGUUGAAAUUAGAAUGUGUCAUAUAGAAUUGGAUCGUUCUGAUAUUCAGCAGUAAGUAAGUAUGUUUAACUUGGUUGUCAUCUCCUAUGUCAUUAUCUUUUAAAUGAUUUGAGUUUUAACAUAUCAUAUUACCUUAGGUUUGGUUACCUGUCUCUCUACCACUUGCUUGGAUUAGUUGAUGUGAGUAUGUGAGUUACCUUAUUUGUCUCUCUACUGAGCAUUAUGUUAAUAGAUGUCCUUCUACCUUAAAUAUGAAAAGGGAGAUGUGAGUUUAUCUUUACCUUUACCUGAAGUGAGUUUAGCUUUAUCUUUACCUUGAGUCUAUCUCGUACCUUUACCUUGAUGAGCUUAUCUCUUAUCUAUAUCUUGAUUGAAUGUAUAUCUUUAUCUUGAUUAUUAUAAAGUCCUAAAAAUCUGUCCUUCACUGUUCUUGUCGUGAGUAAAGAAUUGGACCACGUCAAUAGUGCAGUUUAGGUACUACAGUUAGGAUCUUUAUUAUCUUUUACCUUGUGCAUACCACAAGUAGAUGUGGGCUUGCAAUUAUCUUUUUAUACUUUUAGCAUACCCUAUACCAUGAGUAUAGUGGGCUUGCUAGUAUCUUUAUCUAGAUUGUGUCUUCCUACCGUUAUGAAAGCGAGUAGAUGUUAUGGAUUAUCGCUUACCUUGAGUUUUAGAUGUUGUUGAUAUCUGGAACCAUAUCAUAUAUGUUUAGGUUUGUAGUAAUGUAGUUUUAACUGGUCCUAAUGAAUUAGUCCCUCAUUGAAUUCUGGGGUGAUUAAUAGAAUUUGUUCGCUCUAGUGUCAAUGUUGGAUAAGGUUAAUAGGAUUCGUUUAGGUUAAUUGUUGUGUAUGGUUCUUAGUUAUAUUGUGUUAGGGGUUGUCAAUAUACACCUGUAAUAUAGUUUUAAUCAUGGGUUUACUAACACUUGAGAAUGUAGAUAAUAAGUAGUGUUAAGAGUUGACUUACUCUAUAAGGUUGUAUAAUUAUAUUUAGAAUGUAAGUGAUUAACACGCAAUUUUUUUUUUCCUCUCAAUCUCUAGUUUUACUAAAUUAAAGUAAAUUAUCGCGUUGAAUAACUUAUAUCGGUCAGUUACGUAUGUCGGUCAGUUACAUAUCCCUUCUAUGUUUUAUACUUUCUGCAAAUAUGAUUGAAUAUAUCUCGCGUGGCCUCUAUACUGGCUGUAUUACUUCGUCUCGGUUUUUGUUCCGUCACCUCCGUAAAUACUAGGACUGUUGAGCUUACCAUCAUUAUGUUUUUAUACCACAACGUUACUCCUUUACCGUGUCCAUCCUCAGGUUCGCCCUAGCGUCAGUCCGUUCUGGAAAAUAAAAAAAGGAAACUUCUAGAAGUUUUCCUUUUUUGCUGGAGAUAAGGGAGAAUGUAGCAGUUAUGCUACGUACACUGAUUUUCGAUUAGUUUAAUUAAAAUUAAUAAAUAAAAUUAACAGGUACUAUCCCUCAGAAAUUCCUUUUCGCGCCGCCAGCUAUAAAAUUAGGAAAUAUUUUUACCAUCAGAGGGCUUGCGUGCCACUUCGAUUUUGGAGAUCGACGGAAAUCCGAAAUACCGGCAGUCAGGUCAGUGAACUCACAGCGGCACGUCGGAGAUUUUAUUCUCAUUGUUUGUGACGGAGUUGAAACCAAAUGAAAUGUAACUAAAAUAAAUCGAACAUCAGCCUAAUACAUGUGGGAAAACUAAUAUGUCAAACUUGAAUACAUCUGGAAACAUAAAAGAAUUAUAUUUUCCGACAGCGCGACGUGUCCGCUUGUUUCAGUAAGUACAUAAUGCAUUUAUAUUAUAUCUCGCAUUUCUUCCUUGUAAUAUUCAAUGCAUCAUUGUAGUCAGGUAUUUCGUUAGAUUGAUUUACCACAUACAUUUAUAUAUAAUCCAUAUUAUAAUAAUGAUAUUCAUUCCCAUUUGCAAAGGAACAGUCAUUCAAGGUCAUAGGUUUUAUUGUUACAUUUAAAUUUCAAUUUACUUCAUGUGCUACCAUUAGGCUUGUUGCCGUUUUUUUUAUAUAAAAAAUUUUUCCAUAAGUAUUAUACAGCCUUCUGCACUCUGCGCAUGUUCAUGCUUCGCGCAAGUCUGUUAUGUCUACACUGAAGUAACUUCAUAAAUUUUGACAUGACACAUACCUAACCUGAGUUUUUUGUUUUGGAUCCCAGUGCAGUGAACUUGUACUCUAUACAUACUGUUAUUAAGAAUAUAAUUAAACUUGAUAAACUUUAUUUUAGAUUCCGUCACAUACUCAUUCAGUAACUUAGCCACAGUCAAUUAGUGGUUUCGUCAGUUAGUCACCUUACAUCGCUUGAAGUAUGUACCAGUAGUAUUAGUAGCAACUCUGCCAUGGUUCACUCAUAGAGUGUGCUGUUCAUUUUGAAGAAAACCACUACCUGUGUUCACAACAUCUAGGAUUUUCCGAUAAGACUUACCCAUCACAGCAGCCAACUAGCUUUGUUGUGCCAAAAGGAUUUUUCCUAAGGACUUUCAUUUUUUUUAACCAUCGGCUGUUGUACAAGAUAAGUUCUUAUUUACUUUAAUUAUUUACUUUGGGUAAUCUAGAGUUGUUACUGUGUAAACUUACUGUAUGCAUACAAGUAGGUGAACUAAGUGGUACAUAUUUUCGUGAUAGAUAGGUUUUAGGUCGUUGUUUUUCUUUCUUUUGUUCUAUAUAAUUAGUAAUUUGCUUAAAUAAAUAAAAUCAUGUCUUCCUUUUAAUAAUAACUAAAAAUCAUUGUAUCUUAAAAUUUAAUAGGGAAUCGGGGGUAAAAUUUUGUCGAGGUUUUAAAAUAGGGAAUAUGUCUUGUAGGUUUUUACAUUGUAUAUAGAGUCACUGACCCACUCAUUAUAUAAUUACUUAUUAGUGUUUUUGCUAGGUGAGAUCUUUAUUAUUUUUGGUAACCGUAGCGUUCUAGUCGUGCAUCUCACCUAGACGAGUUCAAUUUAGGAAAUAAUUACUAACUUUUUAGUUGUAAGGACUUAGUGCUAUUCUGACGGACUUUUGAUUUGGAUUUUGAUUUUAAUACCUUUGCUUGGCCAGUGAUAGUGGAUAAUUGCUUGUUAAGUGGCCUUUUCGGUCCUAUUUGAUCUUUUCCCCAUCCACUAUCACUGUUAUUACGUUGCGUUAUAUGUAAAUUGUUAAUAUUUAACAUUUAUUAUUAAUAUAUUUGUAUGUAUUAA